CUGAGGGGCCGCCCACCGGCCAGCCCGCGGACGCCAGCAGUGCCGGCUCCUCCAGGCUCCCCGUCAGCUCCUGCGGACCGUCUCGCUGCUCGGUUCCUCGACAGCAUGGUAUCUGAGGGCUAUCUGUGCAGCGGACACUAGCCUUGUUUCUGCAGCGAACAUGAACGAGAUCAAGAUCGCGGUGCUGGGCAGUGGAGGCGUCGGAAAAUCAGCUCUCAUCGUCCGCUUCCUCACCAGGCGCUUCAUUGGCGAGUACGCUUCCUCCUCAGAGUGCAUAUACAGAAAGCGUCUGUCCGUGGAUGGGAGGCAGAUUAAUCUGGAGCUCUACGACCCAUGCUCUCAGGCCUGUAAGGGUAAGUCUGCUUUAAACGACCAGAUCCACUGGGCUGAUGGUUUCAUUUUGGUCUACGAUAUCAGCGACCGCUCCUCCUUCCUCACUGCCAAAGCCAUAGUGCGCCUAAUCAGAGAGCUGCACCUGGGAUCUGCCAAAAGGGACGUAGACUCGCUCAUAUUUUUGGUGGGCAACAAACAGGACCUGUGCCACAUGAGAGAGGUUCAGCGUGAAGAGGGCCAGUGUCUGGCUGCCGAGUUUCACUGCCAGUUCUACGAGCUGUCAGCGGCCGAGCACUACCAGGAGGUGGCGCUCAUAUUCUCCAAGAUGGUGCAGAACGCCAGCCUGGGCAGCAAAGCCAAGGAGCGCAGGAGACGCCCCAGCGGAUCCAAGUCCAUGGCCAAACUCAUCAACAACGUCUUCGGCAAGAGGAGGAAAUCAGUGUGAAGUGUCAAUACGAGGACAGCUGUCCAUGUAGGCUGGACCGCUGUCCUUGGACUGAAACACACCCUCUAGCUUGGCUUUGGAUCUUUGAUUUUUUUUGUGUUGCUGUUCAUUGGCAUUGAACUGACAUAUACGUGUGUAGAUAAGUGUUAAUGUGAUAUUACAGUAGUGCACAGCAGAUACUUUGUGAGCCUGCUUCCCGCUUCCUGCCGCUAAUUCAUGCUUUUGCUCUUUGAGAUCAUUGGAAGCCUUUCACGAGAGACAUGUCCUGAAGCAUUUCAGCCAAAGCAGUCAAUUAAAGGAAAAAGUUGAUGACAUUUAAUCCGAGAAAAACAAACGAGGUCUAGGCUUUACUGUAUGACUUCAGGUAUUUAAUUUGUCUGAUAUGAUUGAAGAGGGAUCAGGCUUUUAAAUGUGUACUGCGUCACUGUGACUUGUGUCACAUGCAGCUAUCUUUUCAACUUUAAGAUAAAUGUGAAGACCGAAGGAGGAAAUAUUAUGUCAUGGCAUAUGAUGUAAAACGGAAAUUACUUGUACAGAACAUGCUGUUGUAGUGGUUUUUUUGUUUUGUUUAAAUCCGACACAGAGGUUAAGAAAAAGAGGACUAAAAUGUUUAUGUAACAAAACAUAUCACAUAUCACACAACUCCUUAACAUACACACAGGGAAACAAAAUGUCGUUUCUCAUGCUCCUCAGUGCAACAUAGAACAGACAUGCAAACACUACACAGUCUUUAAGGGUAAGACUCAGAACUUGUGCAUUAGAAGCAACAACCUGGAUGUAAACAAGGUCCGGUGCAUUUUCUCUUUUUGUCACAAACUUGGCAUGUUGGUGGAAUUUCGGCAAAACGGUCAAUAAAUUUGCAUGAAUGAA